UUUUUUGGGCCUCUUUUCUCCAGGUACGUUGAUUUAUUAUUGGGCGAGUUCAAACAUUACAAAACAAGAUUGGACCAUGGAGGAAUCUCUAAGGAGCUCCAACAGCUCUUGCUGGAGUAUGGCAUAGAGAGCCUUGCAGAAGUUUUAGUUGAAGGACUCUCCAGAGUGAAAAGGUGCACUGACGAAGGACGUGCAUUGAUGUCACUUGACCUUCAGGUACUAAUUAAUGGGCUGCAACACAUUGUAUCAUCAAAUGUUAGGCCAAAGCUGCAAACUGUGGAUACUUUCGUAAAGGCUUAUUAUCUGCCGGAGACGGAGUAUGUUCACUGGGCACGGUCUCAUCCAGAGUACAGCAAGACUCAGGUUAUUGGGUUGGUCAACCUGGUUGCUACCAUGAAAGGAUGGAAAAGGAAAACGAGGAUAGAAACCAUCGAGAGGAUUGAGGCAGGACCCUAGGCGAAGGCGGUCUGUAACUGUUUCAUUUUUGUUUGCUCCAGCUGCAUAUAGAGCUGUGUUUCUCAUUGAUUUUGUCAAUUCCUUGACCCUCCUGCCAUUUUGAUGCUAACACCGGUAUCCUUCUUUGGUGUAUAUUUAAGAGAAAACCUUGUAUCAUAAUUUAGUUGGGGUAGUAACCGGAAGCAAAGAAACAGUAGUGUAUGUACACCGUACAUGGAGCAUCGUCUCAAUAAAUACAAAUCAUCAUCUGUUAUGAA